CGGGCCGGCGCGGGGCGCCCAGUGCGCGGCUGCGGGGACCCGGCGGCGGCGCGGGCAGGUAAUUUGGAGCUCUCAUAAUGUUUGCCAAAGCAACAAGGAAUUUUCUUAAAGAAGUUGAUGCCGGAGGUAACCUGACUGCAGUAUCAAACUUGAAUGACUCUGAUAAGUUACAACUUCUGAGUCUGGUGACCAAAAAAAAGAGAUUGUGGUGCUGGCAGAGACCCAAGUACCAGUUUUUAUCUGUCACCCUUGGAGAUGUACUCAGAGAAGACCAAUUUCUGAGUCCAGUGGUCAUGGAGUCAGACUUUGUGAAAUAUGAGAGCAAGUUUCAAAACCACAUGAGUGGGACCAUCGAGACGGCCCUAGGGAAGGUCAAGCUGAAUGUUGGAGGCAAAGGACUGGUGGAAAGUCAGUCUUCUUUUGGAAACCUGAGGAAGCAGGAGGUGGACCUGCAGCAGCUCAUCAGAGACUCCACUGAGAGAGCAAUAAAUCUGAGGGACCCCGUGCUGCAGCAGGUGCUGGAGAGGAAGAAUGAGGUCCUGUGUGUCCUGACACAGAAGAUAGUGACGACGCAGCCAUGUGUGAUAUCAGAGCACAUUCAGAUAGAGGAGAAGUGCGGCGGCAUGGUGGGGAUCCAGACCAAGACAGUGCAGGUGUCCACAAAGGAGGAUGGGAAUAUCAUCAAGGACACCAAUGUGGUGCUGGAGAUCCCUGCUCCCACCGCCCUCGCCUAUGGCAUCAUCGAGUUGUAUGUGAAACUGGACGGCCAGUUCGAAUUCUGCCUCCUACAAGGGAAGCAUGGUGGCUUCGAGCUUGAGAGAAGUGGCUCUGUCUUCAUGGACCCUCUGCCCUUUCAAGAGUUUGCAUUUGGGGACAUGCCAGAUGCUGGGCAGGGACCAUCUGCCUUGGAUUGGCCGUUGAGUGUUUUAACACAAGCCACUCUGCUCUUGGAGAGGAACUUCCAUCCCUUUGCGGGGUUGCCGGAACAGCAGCAGACAGCGCUGAGCGAUGUCCUCCAGGCGGUCCUGUCUGACGAAGAGUCACUUGUGGCCCUGGAGCAAGUGUGUGAGGAUGUGGUCACCGGCCUGUCGCCCCCACUGGCAAUGCUGGGGGAGCUGAAGCCCCCACAGCAGCAGGAUGUCAUGGCUUUCCUAUGUUUGGUGGGGUACGGAGUACAGGGUGGGUGUCCAGGUCUGAAGGAUACACUCAGCAACCAGAAGCUCUUUUCUACGGCCUACUUCUUGGUCAGUGCCCUAGCAGAAAUGCCAGAUAAUGCAGCAGCGCUGCUGGGUGCUUGCUGUAAACUCCAGAUUAUUCCUACACUGUGUCAUUUGAUUUUAAGGAAUCUUAACACAGAAGAAAUGAAGCAAAAUAACUCUUUCAUCACCUCAAUUAAAAAUGAGACUAAAUCUUACGCAAAUACUUCCAAUACAUGAAAAAAAGAGUUGUGCACUGUGUGGCAACAUAAAGAGCACCUUAUAACAAACUGGAAAGGAAUCUGCCAAAAAGUGAAAAUAGCACUGUACAUGCCUUUCUGUAAGAAGAAUCUAUCUGUGUAAACACACAUGUAUCACAAUGCAGUGGGAAGUUCCUUUGAGUCCACAAGAAACUGGACAGUGGUUCCUUUGGGGAGAGGACUUAGAGGCUGGGAUAAGAGGUUGGGGGUGGGGGAGGUGGGUUACCCUUCUAUUCCCGUUAUAAUUUUAUAUGUAUUAACCUCUAAAUGAAAAACAACCGAGCAAAGCCAAGGCAAAAAAACCCAAAAGCAACAAAAACUAAAGCUCAGCUUCAGGCAGAAAGAAAAGACACCAUUCCAGCACAUGCCAAAAGUUUGGGUUACAUCAAACAGGCAACUAAGGCAUCUGGCCCUUUCCACAAUUAUCAGCCAGUUACCCUGUUAGACUGUGUUUUAAAAAUCUGCAAUUAAAAAAGGAUGUAGCCUUAUGCUGCUACAGGUGAUCCCAGCCCCCCAGUUAUUGUCACUCCUUAGCAGACCCCACUGUGAUGUGGUGGACAAAGUAGGGCUGGGCAUGUUUGAGUGGGCCUCCAAAAGGCUCUUCUAAGUAACUGGUACCCUCAUCACUAUAUACGAUUAUUAAUUCCAAGUGUACAUUUACAUUUGUAAACAAGUUCUGGUAGACCAGAUACCUAGAAAACAGAACAUAGAAUAUUUCCCAGAACAACGGAAGUGGAAAGCCACCUUCACUCAGAUGUUUCCAUGACUACUAGUCUUUCACAAGUGGUGCAGGAAGAAACAUUUCUAUUAGCUAGUGUGCUGUGGCCCUAUCAGGGUUCCUCAGGUGUCCAUGGGACCUGUGAACAUGUUACCUUAUGUGCCAAGAAAGGACUUUAUAUGUGUUCUUCAGGUGACAGACCUUGAGAUGGAGAUUAUCCUGGAUUAUCUGGUAGGGCCCUUAGAAGGCAGAAGAGUCCGUGAGAGACUUGGCCAAAGAAAAUGCAGGAAAGAUGAGGCAUAGGAAGGAUUCAGUGCUGUUGCCGGCUCUGAGACGGAGGUCAGUUCCAGAACAAGAGUGCAGUCCAAUGUGACAGCAAGUAAGGAAGCGGGGACCUCAGUUCUACACCAGCAUGGAACUGUAAUCUGCCAACAGCCUGCAGGAGCCUGGAAGCAGAUUCUCUCUUCAGCAGUGAGAGCCAGGGCAGGCCCCGGGAAAUGUCUCAAUUUCACUUAGGUGAGACCUGUAUUGGAUUUCCAACCUACAGAACUGAGUUUGUGUUCAAAGUUGUGAAGUUUGUGGUAAUUUUUUACUGCAGUGAGAGAAAACAGUGUAAGAAGAAAGUGAACAAUCUAAAACCAAAUUCUUUGGGAGACAUGAGAAGUACACUAGCCAUUUCUGAAGUACGAGGCAUGAAAUCCCAGAAACUUAGCUUGAGAACGAGUUGCAAAGUACCUGUUGUGGACACCGGCUUCCCGCACUCACCCACAGUCACGCCUCCACCUGUUGGCCAGCCUGGUGGAUCCACCUCCCUUUUCCAUUGCAGGCCUCAGGGCUGAGCUGUGCCCCAACAGGUGCUGUCUUUCCCACCUGGGAUUUUCCUGCUGGGCUAGCUCGUCCUAGCAUCUCAUGUCAUCUAAGCACAGAGGCCUUUUCUUGAUCCUAUAAUUUAAUCUUCCCUGUCUCUGCCAUUUUUUCCUUGAGUACGUCACCUUUGAAAGCCACCAAAUGGCUUGGGCUGGGAUAGAGGAAACAAUAGUUAGGGUUUCCUUGUUAAAGAAGAGAAGCAGGUGAAAAAUUUAUAUAUUUAUUUUGGUGGGAAAAACUAAAUGUUAUUACAGGCUUUCUGUAAAGAUUAUUGGCAUUUAAAAGAAAUUACCAAAGCUAAUCUGGUAUCCUCUGUAUUUUAUCAUCUCUAAACCUUACUUCUACCUAUAAAUGAAACACUACAUUUUUGCAAUAUUUUUAUAUGUACAAAAAUAUUUUACUUGGAAUAUACAAUCUCACAUGUUCAACGUUUCAAUGUUUGUUUUGGACAGCAUAUGGAAAUAUGCGAAAAGAAAAAUUUAUAGGGACAGUUUCUGAAAAAUCAAUACUUAAUUGUACUGCAGGAAAAUUUUAUUUAUACAAAGGCAGCAGUAAUGUUUCUUUAUACAGGAACUAGUAAUACAAUUACUUGGAAAGCAGUAGCAAUUAAAUUUUAUUUUUAAACUUUUUCAUCAGAAACUUAACUUCAGCAGCUUGUUCAGCUUUUUAGAUUGCUAACAAGCAUUUUGCCCGCCAUUAAAAAAAAAGUUCUACAAUUAUUUCAAAGACUAGAGGUAGAGCAUGCAUUUGUGUUCAAAAUAAAAAAUAUACCAAACUGAAAUGGAAAAAAAAAAUCCCCAAAGCAAGGUUUUCACAUCAAAUACUCACCAUGGGCUCUAAAACAACUCAACUUGCAGAAAACUACACUUGUUGCCAAACCCUAGUGCUCAUUCUUCUCCAGCAAAACCCUAGAUCCCACUUCCUUAAAAAUCAAUGUUACCAAAGAAACAGGAGUCCGUUCUUUUUAAAAGAGGACACAUAGCCAAGAGGAGUAUUUAUCUUAUACUUAAAUGAUAGUUGGAGAGGAGCUAUUCCUCAAAUCUGGUUCCACCUGAAAAGGUGAAGGCACUCCUCAUUUGGACCAUGUCUACCAGAAAAAGCUCUAGGUCUUCCGGGCAAUUGCUGUACUAUUGCCUGCCUCUCUUAUUUCAGAAUACAAUGAAGACCAUAUAUUUAAACUGGUGAUUACUUCUGCUUUAACAGUGGUAAUUUAUAGCUGAGGAGUUUUGAAUGCUCUGCUUUUUUCCACUUCCUCUAAGCUCCUUGGCCACCUUGACCGAUAUGAAGAAAAGACUGAUGUCAGGUAUGGCCUGUCAUAUUUGUAUGUUUCUACCCUCUGCUGUUGCUGAAGUGCAACAGAGACCUCUAGUUCCAGCUUUUAAAAUAAGACCUUUUGGCUUCUGCUUUGUGGAAGCAACGGUACCUAUUCAGUGGGACUCAAGAAGGUUUACAAGCACGGAGUCAUUUACUCUCCCAAGUACGAAGCAGCAUUUAUGUUCAUUGUAGAUGUGUUCAUUCAGUUUGUGCUGGGAAUUAGAAAACAGGAAAAACUGGUAGGGGAAAAAAAGGGAAGGAACAGUCACUUCUGGCUGACUUUGGUGUGUGGAGGCAAGUCAGAUUUAUCACAGCACUGCAUUAUCAGCCAGCGGCCGUGAAGCAAUUAAAAAGAGAAUGCAACUUAGAUGUCUUCAUGUCAGAUUCAAGGUCCACUAAUUGGACCUUAACAACAGUUCUCCCUAUAAAGAAACAGAUGCCUUCGAAACUUAAUACUAUGGGUUAAACAAUAGGGCUGCAGUGGUAAAUUUCAGGCAUAAGAACUAAGGUAGGGCAGCUUUAAGGGCCAAAGUUCAGAAUUUCUUGGAUGUCAGAGUACUGGAUUGCUUAAAUUUUAUUUGAUUUGUGAGUAACAAGAUUUUGUUAAAGGUUUAGACUGAGAGUGGGGUUCUAAACUAAAAUGGACCUCCUGACCAAGGCCACAAGAGAGAACAGACCCUCCUCAGAGCUGUUUUAAAAUUAGAGGUAGGAUUCUCGAAUGGUGUGUACCAUUCAUUAUACUACCUCUGAAGAGAUACAUUUUAAAUGAACCAAAAGAUAAACAACCUCAAUAUAAGUGAAUACAUAUAAUAAAUAAAGUAGCCUAAUAAGGAUUUUCCAGUCUAGCAUUCAUCACAUCAGAGUUACAAAUUACUUCUUGUAAUUUAAUGUGAAGACAAAUAUUAAGCUAGCCUUAUUUAACGGGUGGAAUAUUAAAAGUAAAGGGAAAUAUAAAUUUUAUCAAAGGUCGCAUGGUCAGAGUCAGAAUUAGGAUCUCAGCUAGUAGAUGUACACCAUUUCUAUUUUUAACAAAAGAGAUUAAAGAAAGUAGUGCAAUGUACUACGGAAGUGGUACAAACCAUGCUUUAAAAUUCUUACCUUAGAAAUGAGAUAUCAUUCCUUCACUUUUUAGUAUAUUAAAGACAUUUCUGUUUCUGUGCACUAAAUCAUUCCAGGAACACAAAGGUAACAUAAUGAAUUAUAGGACAUAUUAAAAAAUAAAACUUGAGGCUAACAAAAAUGUAAUUUAAAAAUAAUCUUACCUUAAAGAAUUACAGAAUUGUUAUUCUUCAGAUAUACAAUGCAUACUCAAAAAAUGAUGCUGAUUUAUUAGUUGACUGUAUUCUUAGAAAGUUAGUGAAUAUUCACUUUUAUAUAUACAAUAAUCCCAUUAUUUAAAAUACUGAAUUUUGCUCAAGAACUUAAAAUACAUUACAGAUGUUAUUACAUGAAUUCUCACAGCAAAUCCACUGGAACAAGAGGAGGGCAGUUACCAUAAUCUCUAAGCCUGAACCAUAUCACGAAUUCAUUUAAAGUUUAAAUAAGUAUUUCCUAAGAGGUUGCCAUCUAGAACUCUGUCCUUUUUGCUUAAAGAAAUUAAGUUAUAAUAAUUUUCUGAGCUUAAUUUCAUAUUUUUCAGAAAGGAGAUUAGUAUCUGCCUCAAGGUAAAACUAGAGCCUUAUAAAACAAUGUGAAAAAGGUUUCAGAAUGUCUAAGAAUUUGGGCGUAAACAUUUAAGAUCACUAGCUACAGUUACAUGGGUGACCAUAUUUAGUUUUAUUAUUCAUGUAUUUGGGGAGAAUUUUACAUUAUUAUACAUAUGGCUGUAUAUAUAUUAUAUAUAUGGUGACUCAGACAUUUAUAAAAUGACCUAUAUAUGUACAUAAAAGUUCAGGAUUUCUUUUUCCAUAUUUAGUAUAAAGAUUCAUUACUACAAAAUUAUUGGCUCCCUAGCCUGUGAUUUCUGGAAAAUGGGGUGUUGUUUCAGAAGUCAUAAAAGUACAAUGUUAAGUAGAGCACAAUUUUGACAAAUUUUCAAAACUUUUAUGGUUAAUAUUUAUCAGUUCAAAAUAACUGUACCUAACUCCAUGGCUAUCCAUCUUGAAAAUCAACUCCAAUCACCGGAUUAUGACACUUACCGUUUUGUCUAGCAGUAAGUACCAAUUUAGUGAAUUUUUAAAGCAAAGAUCAUCUUUUAUUGUCAUUGGGAUAGUGUGGUCAAAGCAGUUAGUAUCUGGCCAUAAUCUAUAAUGCUACACUAUUGUAUUUUAUUGCUAAUUUGCAUUAUUUCCUAAAUUUGUGUUAAUAACCAAUUUGCUCUUUUAAAGAAAACUUGUCCUGAUAAGCUAUUAUAAGCAAAUUUACUAGAUUCUAAGAAUCUAGGGUUCAGGCUACUAUUGCUGUAGUCAUACUGGGUUUAUGGUAAGAUUUCUAUUUUAGAAAGCUAUGUUCAACAAUUGUAUAGUUAAGAAUUGGCAAAAGUAAAAGUCCUGAUGUAUUGGAUAUUUGAUAAUAUACAAAUAUCAAACAGAAAUUAAGACUACAUAAUCAAGACAUGGCUGGAGUAAAAGUGAAACUCUACUUGUAGUGCAUCACAUAUAUUCCACUAGUUAUACUGUUACAUGACUUAUCCAGGAACAUCACCUCUAGGGGUAUUUGUACAUUUGAAAAUAAAAAACAUAUAUAUAUAUAAUAUUUAGUUGUAUAUAAACAGUCAUGCCCUGAAUGCUGAAUGUGGACACUCUUCUGGUCACAAAGCAUCCUUGGGUGCAUUAAUGUAUUGGCACAUGUUUCCCAAAGGCAAUUUGCAUGUGCAUUUGUAUUUUAACUAUUACCAAUUGUUUAGCAUCACUUUAAACCGUUUUCUCUUCAGUAAAGCUAAUUAUUUUAGAUAUUUCCCACAAGAGAAGUUCAUACUUCAUUGAUUACAACGAUACUCUCAUUGCCUUGGGAGAAUCCUAGGGCCUCUGGGACUCCUUGCCCCAGUAGAGCUCUACCGGGUCCUGCAAACUCAGAUGGGACUUCAGUUUCAAGUCCAAUGACUCUAUUGAGAUACAGUGACCUUUUCUGAAUUUAUUCUCUUCAGUUCUGGCAUCUGGACUGAGAUAAACUAAACAGCAUUAUUUCCUUUUAUAUUAUGGGGGAUCUAGUGUAUAUUAACUAGUCAUGAAUACCAUUUAUAAUAGAAAUAAUUCCUUUAAGUAUGGACUAUUUUCUAAAUAAUAUGCAUUUUAAACCCUAGGAUAAGGCUAAAAAUAUAGAUGAUGUAAAAAUCAUCUCCAUUAUGUGAAGACAGUUGAAAUAUUUUGUGGAUACGCUUCUUGUGCUGCUACGAUGAUCCCAAAGCUGUUCAAAGAGGCUCUGCGCAGAAGACAGCACAUUUCCUGAAAAUUUACAGUGUGUUGAAACACUAAAUCAUAAGACAUUACCUUGA